UCAGUGACUACCUUAUAUACUCUUUGUCAGUGACGAUAAAUAUGCCCCAUGCCUUAUUGCCUAGUCCUGAGUCGUCAAGCAAAGGAAUAACGCGUCACUGCGAGAGCAACGCCAUAUAAGUCCAACUAGUAUGGGCGCGUAAUUAUUCAAGAAACAUUGAAAAUGGCACAGACGACGGCUAUUCUAUUCUGCCUUUUAACUCUGCGCUUCAGCUAUGGGUUUAAUGGAGACAGCUUUGAGUUGGAGUGCCCUGACGAGUGCGACUGCCACUACUUCAGGAUCAACUGGGUUACUGACUGCUCAGAAAGCAAUUUGACUACUAUCCCCUACGAUGAGCUCAGUUUGAGCGUAUACAUUUUAGAUCUGAACGGUAAUAAUAUAACUAGCAUCCAGCCCUUCCCAAACGCCAUAAAGAUGAGGAGAUUGCAAAUCGCUAACAAUAGGCUAACGAGGGUCGAUAAAGACUCUUUCAGAGGCCUCGAAUACUUGAUUGACGUCGAUCUUUCUGGAAACAAUAUCAGCUAUGUGGACCCCGAAGCUUUCUUAGACUCACACGGGCUACUCAACGUGGAACUUCAAGAUAAUCCGCUGGAUGUGGUUGAAGGCCCCUUCCUCAUGUCAAGUACACUUCAGUACUUGGACAUCAGUAACUGUAACUUAUCGUCCAUAAACUCACAAUUUUUCGACAACAUCACAUCGCUAUCUACACUCGACCUAACAAAGAAUCCUCUGAAAUCAUUAGAAGGUGGUGUUUUUGACGUUUUAACUAGUCUUGAAACGCUAAAAAUGAACGACUGCAAACUAGUCACUAUUCCAGAAAAUCUUUUUUCUUCGUUGAUGAAUUUGAAAAAUUUGGAACUCGCUGGAAAUUAUUUGACAAAUGUCAACUGGCCCGAAGUACUAGGCACAUUGUCUAGACUAGAAUACCUCAACUUGAGAAAAUCUGGCUUAACGUCCCUUUCUGAAGAUACGUUCUCAAAUUGCUCUAAUCUCGUAACGCUAAUUUUAGCUGAAAAUGAAUUACGAGAUUUAGAUGUUGCAGCGACUUUAGGAAGAAGCGUCAAUCACUUAGAGUUAUUGGAUUUGUCAAACUGUAAGAUAAAAGGUCCAAUUACAGGAGAUGCAUUUGCGAAUGCUACUAGAUUGAAAAGUCUUUACCUGUCUGGAAAUCCUCUAUUUGCACCAGAUCUUCAAGAAGCCUUGGCACCUCUUCCGAAGCUGGAGAAAUUGUUCUUAAGCAACUGUGGUCUACGCAAUCUGCCUGAUAAUUUUAAUGUUUUCGAAAAUCUACUCGAACUAGAUAUUUCACAUAACCCUCUCGUUAAUGUGUUUACAAGACUACUGGCUCCUUUAGAAAAAAUAGAAUACCUAAAUAUGGGCUACAGUAAUCUGUCUUAUAUAGGACCUGAAACUUUUGCACAUAUGACGUCAUUAAAGAAAUUAGUUCUCUCUGGUAAUGACCUCCUAUCUCUACAAGCUGGGUUGUUUGGAAACCUUACACAAUUAACAACCCUAGAAUUGGAAUUAUGUGGCUUAAAACGACCUAUAAAUGCAAAUGCAUUUUUCGAGAACCUCACUUAUACUGAUUUAAGAGAAAUUAGACUUGGAGGUAACCCACUAGUGAUACCACCUUCAGGGCCAUUGUUCCCGAAACAAUUGUCUCAAGUAACUGUCUUAGACUUAAGAAACUGUAAUAUCACAUCUCUGAAUCCCGAUGCUUUUAAGAAUACAGAGAAUUUAACCGAGCUUAAUUUAGCGAGCAAUCGAAUCAACUCUGCCAGUGAAAGCUUAGCGUUUUUGGAAACACUCCGUCAUUUAGAAAAGAUAAACCUUAGCAAUAAUAAUUUGACAACUAUUGAUCCACAACUAUUUGUGAACAAUCCCAAACUUCAUUCGAUCAACUUAGUCGGUAAUCCAUUUAUUUGCGACUGUAAGAUUGCUGAAAUGUGGGAUUGGGCUAAUAUGAUUAAGGGCGAUUUGGACGUUCUAAUUGGAGCUAAGAGUGCUGAAAAAGACAUCGUCGUUAAAGGUAAUAAGAAAAAGAAGAACCUGUACUGUCGCUACAACGAAGCUCAACUGAAAAAUAUGACGCUAAUUACGAAUAAGACAGUGCCAGGAAGACGGCCAUUCGUUAAACCACGAGAAUUCACAUACGCAAAUAGAACUUGGGCAAAAUACGUAAGGGAAUCGGGUUGCGAGCCGGUAGUCAAAAUAUUGAGACCAGUGGCCCUAAUAACUGAUUUGUUUGAUGAUGGCCAUGGCAAUGGUAUUUCAACCUCUGCUUUAAUAUUGACUAUUAUCGCCUUAGCUCUUGGUAUUGCUACUGUUAUAAUGACUGUGCGAUUGUUUAAAAAACGGAAAAUUGGUGAAAUUUUUACAGAAAAUAAUAGAAAGCAAAGAUAGCAGAAGGUGAAAGAGCAUUAAAUAGUUAUGCUUUGUUGAAAAAUAAUAUAAAUUUAUUUUAAGAAAUAUUAUAUUAUUUACAUAGUAUAUGGUGUGAUAUGCACAUCAAUAUAUGUACAUUUUUCUCUCUUGUGUUGUAAGAUAGGUAUCAAACAGAGAUAUUUUAGCGAUUUUUAAUAUAAACUAGUCAAAUUAAUUAUAAAUUGUAACCAGCUAGUGGGCGAUGUUAAAUAUCUUAAAGUCUUAUUAAAACGAUUAUGUAGGCGAUUAUUGUGAAGAUGUCUUGCAGUAUUUAAAGUUUAAAAAUGUUUCUAAAUAAAACAUUAUUGCAAAAUUA